AUGGCUCAUAGGUUGCAAUUAGCUCUAGUUACAGCAUCUAGAGAAGUAAAAGAUGUUCAUCAAUUCUUUGAUCAUUUGGUUAAUAUUAUCAAUAUUGUUGUUGGUUCUAGUAAGCGUAAUGAUGAAUUGCAACAUGCUCAAGCAGAACAAGUUGAGAAUAUGAUUGCUUCUAAUGAAAUUGAGACUAGAAGAGGUACAAACCAGAUUGGUACUUUGCAACGAGCUGGAGAUACUAGGUGGGGAUCUCAUUUUCAAUCUAUUUGUAGUUUGAUUAAAAUGUUUGAUGCUACUUGCAAAGUUAUCAACACUAUCUCUGAGGAAGUGGCUAACUAUAAACAACGCGGUGAUGCCGAGGGAGCUUAUCAGGUAUUAACAUCAUUUGAAUUUAUUUUAAUCUUGCAUUUGAUGAAAGAAAUAAUGGGAAUUACUAAUGUUCUUUGUCAAGCUUUGCAACAACAUUCUCAAAACCUUUUAAAUGUCAUGCAUUUAGUUUCAACUACAAAAUCACUUAUUCAAAAGUUGAGAGAUGAUGGAUGGGAGCCUUUACUUGCUAGUGUUAUAUCAUUUUGUGAGCAACAUGAAAUUGAUAUUCUUGAUAUGAAUGCUCGUCACACUAAAGGUCGAGGUAGAUAUCGUUGUCAAGAUGACGAUUUAACAAUGGAACAUUAUUUUAGAAUUGGCAUAUUUACAGUUGCAAUAGACUUUCAAUUGCAAGAAUUGAAAAGUAGAUUUUGUGAGCUAACAACGGAACUUGUCAUUCUUAGUUUAGCUUUAAAUCCCAAGGAUGCUAUCAGAUUAUUCAAAAUUGUUGAUAUAUGCAAUUUGGUUAAGAAAUAUUAUCCUGAAGAUUUCACUUAA